CGUCGCUUCGCUCCAGUCCAGCGGGAGGCGCUAAACACACACGUUUGUUUGACAAACAUCAUUAAACCUCAGAGGAAGAAGUUCAGUUUCACCGCGAUCUCUGUUGUUGUUUUGUCGGUGUGCUGCCUUCAUACAAACGGUUAGACAAGUUUCUAUAGAGAGAAAAUACAGAUUUUGAAUCAGUUCAGUAAAUACCUGUAAUAUCCUCACAUUCUUGAGUUUUGAAGCGAGCAGGAAUAUCUGGAGGAGUUUAUCAUCUGAACUGAGAUCUGCUGCUGUGAAAAUUAUGUUCAUUAAAGAAGAGAGAGAAGAGAACACGAGUGAACCAGAAACCUGGAGAACAAAACAAGAGGAUCCAGAAACCUGGGGAAUAAAACAAGAGGAACCAGAAACCUGGAGAAUAAAACAAGAGGAUCCAGAAACCUGGGGAAUAAAACAAGAGGAACCAGAAACCUGGAGAAUAAAACAAGAAGAACCAGAAACAUGCAGAAUAAAAAAAGAGGAACAAGGAGAGUACAUUGAAGAAAAAGAGGAAAAUGAAGAAUCAAAUCAUCAAGAGAAGCAGCAUGCAUGUGAUCAAUGCGGUAAAAUGUUUUUAUGGGCUUCACUUCUGAAGAAACACUUGAAAGUUCAUGCAAAGAAGAAGCCACAUUCAUGUAAUUUGUAUGGUAAGAGUUUUUUGCAUCUACAAAGUUUGAAAGAACAUAAGAAAAUACAUACUGGUGUGAGAGAGUACAUGUGCUUUGGGUGUGAAAAGACUUUUAGUUCAGUGAGCAGUUUAAAACUACAUGAGAAGAUCCACACUGGAGAGAAAUCUUACAAGUGUUCACACUGUGACAUGAGAUUCAGUCAAUCAUCAAGUCUGAAAACACAUGAGAGAAUUCACACUGGAGAGAAACCUUACAAGUGUUCACACUGUGACAAGAGAUUCAGUCAAUCAUCAAGUCUGAAAACACAUGAGAGGAUCCACACUGGAGAGAAACCUUACAGGUGUUCACACUGUGACAAGAUAUUCAGGGAUUCGACACAUCUGAAAAUACAUGAGAGGAUCCACACUGGAGAGAAACCUUACAAGUGUUCACACUGUGACAAGCGAUUCAGUCAGUCAGCAGAACUGAAAACACAUGAGAGGAUUCACACUGGAGAGAAACCUUACAAGUGUUCACACUGUGACAAGAGAUUCCGUAUUACAUUGAGUCUGAAAAGACAUGAGAGGACCCACACUGGAGAGAAACCUUACAAGUGUUCACACUGUGACAAGAGAUUCAGUGUUACAUCGAGUCUGAAAAGACAUGAGAGCAUUCACACUGGAGAGAAACCUUACAAGUGUUCACACUGUGACAAGAGAUUCAGUGAUUUGACACAUCUGAAAAGACAUGAGAUGAUUCACACUGGAGAGAAACCUUACAAGUGUUCACACUGUGACAAGAGAUUCAGUGAUUUGACACAUCUGAAAAGACAUGAGAGGAUCCACACUGGAGAGAAACCUUACAAGUGUUCACACUGUGACAUGAGAUUCAGUAAUUCGACACGUUUGAAAACACAUGAGAGGAUUCACACUGGAGAGAAACCUUACAAGUGUUCACACUGUGACAAGAUAUUCAGUGUGUCAUCAAGUCUGAAAACACAUGAGAGCAUUCACACUGUAGAGAAACCUUACAAGUGUUCACACUGUGACUGGAGAUUCAUUCGUACAGGAAAUCUGAAAAGACAUGAGAUGAUUCACACUGGAGAGAAACCUUACAAUUGUUCACACUGUGACAAGAGAUUCAACACUUCUGCUCAUUUAAAACUGCACGAGAGGAUUCACACUGGAGAGAAACCUUACAAGUGUUCACACUGUGACAAGAGAUUCAGUCAAUCAUCAAGUCUGAAAACACAUGAGAGGAUCCACACUGGAGAGAAACCUUAUAAGUGUUCAGACUGUGACAAGAGAUUCAGUCGGUUAACACAUCUGAAAACACAUGAGAGGAUUCACACUGGAGAGAAACCUUAUAAGUGUUCACAUUGUGACAAGAGAUUCAGUCGGUUAACAAAUCUGAAAAAACAUGAGAGUAUUCACACGGGAGAGAAACCUUAUAAGUGUUCACACUGUGACAAGAGAUUCAGUGAUUCGACACAUCUGAAAACACAUGAUAGGAUCCACACUGGAGAGAAACCUUACAAGUGUUCACACUGUGACAAGAGAUUCAGUGAUUCGACAAAUCUGAAAACACAUGAGAGGAUCCACACUAGAGAGAAACCUUACAAGUGUUCACACUGUGACAAGAGAUUCAGUGAUUCGACAAAUCUGAAAACACAUGAGAGGAUCCACACUAGAGAGAAACCUUACAAGUGUUCACACUGUGUCAAGAGAUUCAGUGAUUCGACACAUCUGAAAACACAUGAGAGGAUCCACACUGGAGAGAAACCUUAUAAGUGUUCACACUGUGACAAGAGAUUCUGUGAUUCGACACAUCUGAAAACACAUGAGAGGAUCCACACUGGAGAGAAACCUUACAAGUGUUCACACUGUGACUGGAGAUGCAGUCGUUCAGGAAAUCUGAAAACACAUGAGAGAAUUCACACUGGAGAGAAACCUUACAAGUGUUCACACUGUGACAUGCAAUUCAUUCAGUCAACAGAGCUGAAAACACAUGAGAGGAUCCACACUGGAGAGAAACCUUACAAGUGUUCACACUGUGACAAGAGAUGCAAUAGUAUAGGAAAUCUGAAAAGACAUGAGAGGAUUCACACUGGAGAGAAACCUUACAAGUGUUCACACUGUGACAAGAAAUUCAGUCACAGUUACAGUUUAAAACUACAUGAGAAGAUCCACACUGGAGAGAAACCUUACAAGUGUUCACACUGUGACAUGAGAUUCAGUCAUUCAUCAAAUCUGAAAAAACAUGAGAGGAUUCACACUGGAGAGAAACCUUACAAGUGUUCACAGUGUGACAUGAGAUUCAGUCAAUCAUCAUAUCUGAAAACACAUGAGAGGAUCCACACUGGAGAGAAACCUUACAAGUGUUCACACUGUGACAUGAGAUUCAGUCGGUUAACACAUCUGAAAACACAUGAGAGCAUUCACACUGGAGAGAAACCGUAUAAGUGUUCACACUGUGACAAGAGAUUUAGUCGGUUAACACAUCUGAAAACACAUGAGAGGAUACACACUGGAGAGAAACCUUACAAGUGUUCACACUGCGACAAGAGAUUCAGUGAUUCGGCACAUCUGAAAACACAUGAGAGGAUCCACACUGGAGAAAAACCUUACAAGUGUUCACACUGUGACAAGAGAUUUAAUGAUUCAACACAUCUGAAAACACAUGAGAGGAUCCACACUGGAGAGAAACCUUACAAGUGUUCACACUGUGACAAGAGAUUCAGUGUGUCAUCAAGUCUGAAAACACAUGAAAGGAUCCACACUGGAGAGAAACCUUAUAAGUGUUCACACUGUGACUGGAGAUGCAGUCAUUCAUCAAGUCUGAAAACACAUGAGAGGAUCCACACUGGAGAGAAACCUUACAAAUGUUCACACUGUGACAAGAGAUUCAGUGUGUCAUCAAGUCUGAAAACACAUAAGAAAAUUCACACUGGAGAGAAACCUUACAAGUGUUCACACUGUGACAAUCGAUUCAUUCAGUCAACAGAGCUGAAAACACAUGAGAGGAUUCACACUGGAGAGAAACCUUACAAGUGUUCACACUGUGACUGGAGAUUCAUUCGUAGAGGAAAUCUGAAAAGACAUGAGAAGAUUCACACUGGAGAGAAACCUUACAAGUGUUCACACUGUGACAAGAGAUUCAGUGGUGCAUCGAGUUUGAAAAGACAUGAGAGGAUUCACACUGGAGAGGAAGCACAUCAACGCAAUGUACGAGGGAAGUGUUCCAUUAAGUCAUCUGUUAUACACAGUCAUACAAAAAACAAUCACAGUAAGGCCCCGUACACGCGGAGACACAUUUAGUUGUAUAUGUAAAUAUUUUGUAUGGUAUACGUGUUUCGUCCAGACGGAUCCGGCAUUUUUGGAGAGUGAAUUCAUUUUUUUUUAAACCAGGUCCCAGAGUGGAUAAAUCUGAAAAUGACACCUUUUUUGUUUUUGUUUACUGCAAAUCCAUAUAUUUUGUUAAACAAUGAUGUCAUCACCCCACAUCUCUACUAUAGUCAGACACCGCUACAUCAUGUAACACCAACAACAAUGGAGGACUACAUGUUUGUGUUCAUGCUGCAGAUCUGCGCCUAUUAGCUUGACUAAACUUACUAGUAGAGCUGCACGAUAUUGGAAAAAACAACACUCACCGUGAUAAUUUUUCUCGGCAAUGUAUAUUGCGAUAUGGGAAAAAAAAGCACCAGAUGACUUGAACAGCUCUAUUAGGGGAAAAAAUAAUGAUUGGGGUAAUUUUGUAGGUGAAUAAAUAAUCUAAGAAAAUUACAAACAUAGAUAAAUAUGAUAGAAAAAUUGUACAUAUGAAAUAAAAAAGUCAUUUAUAUUCUUCAGUCCAACUGUUACUGUCUGUUACAGUUAAGUCUUAUACAUUACUGCUGCGUUACAUUGCUGACAGAAUGCAGUGUUUAUAAUCUAGAGAUUGUAAAGAGGAUGUAGCUCACGCACUGUCACGUCAAGUACCAGUGGAUUACAGACUUGCUCCCGCGGGACCCGAUGCAACAGAGAGCGGUGCGGGACAAGACUUGUGUGUGUGCAGGAUAGAGGAAAAUAUAAAAAGAAGUAUCUAAACAUAAAAAAUCUAAAACAAAUAAAUUGUUAUUCAUCUAUUGGACAAAAGCAAAAUGAACUCAUAUAAAAUAUAAACAAUUAACAGGUGCAAGCGUAUGCAGAGCUUCUAUUUAGGCUAUAACAAGGGAUUGGUUUGUCGCACGAUGAGAUUGAUGCAAGCACACCUUUUGUGAAUAAAAGUUUCAUUUUGGCUAAGCGAGUUUGUCGUUGUUGCUGUUUUCAUUUAAAAUAAAACAUUGAACAACAAACUAAGCAUUUGUUUUAAAAGGGGGAAAAUACCUUAUUUAAUUUGGUUACAAUAUCCAUCUUAUUCGUUUUUGUUAAUAAAAUUUAGAUCUUUAAAUGCCAAUGGGAAUUUGUACCAUUGUACUAUUUUAUGGCUUAUGUGUUUUAAUUAAUGGGCUAACAAUGAACCACAAACUACUAUAGUUUUAAAGAAAGAGGAAAUCCAAAUACCUUUUAAUUUUUUUGUGUAACAAUGCAGAUAAAACAUUUUCCUUAUAUUAAUAAAAGUUCAAAGUUUAAUAUGAGAGAAUUUGUCAUCGUACUGUUUUAGCAUGUUUUGUUAUUAAAAAUAAUAGGCUAAUGAUUAGCCACAAAUUAAAUAUUCAUUUGAAGUAAGGAAAAUGUAGAUUCAGUAUGCAUAUUUUUAUUGUGUGUUAACAGAUUUGUGUGAUGUCUGAACUGAGAUGUCUUUUAGAGAUUAUAAAUGCAGUGCUCUUUGCUGGCAUUCCACCAAACCAUAUAAACCAUGCAAACAGCAGCCGCUUGCUUUAGUUAAGAAUAACUGUUCUGUGAAUGUUGAUGCUGUAAUAACAAAUAUUUAUUAGGAGUUUGUGCUGGGAUUUCAUAAGUUUCAUGGUGAAAAAAGUAAUGUAAAUAAUAAUUAAUUUUGAAAUAAUCAGGACAGUAACAUGAUUACUUUUAAAAGAAGUAAUCAGAUUACAUUUUCAGAGUAACUUGCCCAACACUGGAACCAAUAUACUAUCCAUUUACUUUCUCAGCUGUUUGGUUUGGUAAGCUAGAACAAAAAGUAGAAUUUAAGAAAUUUUGUGUAGAAAGAUGUGUAAAUUGUCUGGAAUGGAAUGUCCACCCACUGCAUAACCACAAGACUGAGAUGGAGAAUGCAUUGCUCUUGUGAAUCAGAUGCAUGCAAUUGACGGGGACUACAAACUAUCUACUACAAACUCAUCUAACAUACAUUUUGUUGAUAAAAAGUGUCCCUUAUUAUGUCCUGCUCCAUCUAUAUCAUUCAACCGCUGUAAUUAAUUAGGGAAAAGAAAUAAACAUUUGACUUCUAUUCAGCUAACAGCAAGUUUUGAUAUAUUCACACUGAGCAAUCUGAAUAAAGUGACAAUUUAUAGUAUUGCAUGUUGGCCAUCACAUUGAUAUGCACAGUAUGUUUUUACAAAAGUACAAUUUAAAUGGAAUGAGUACUGUAGAGAUUUAGUGACUAGAUAUAGUAUUGCACAGUUGACAUAUGUAUAUUAUUGCACAUGUAUUACUGCACCAUUUUAACUGACAUUAUUUAGUGCAUUUGUUUAAAGUUCUGAAAAAUAAAGUGUACGGACAGUGGUAUGGCAGAUUGACAUACUGCAUAUUGUACAAUAUUGUAUAAUGCAUGUUGUAUAGCAAAAGUAUAGACAGAAGAGAUUUAAAUGAAA